UUUUUUAUUUUUUGUUAUUAUGUUUUACAAAUCAAAGUCUAAAAUUGUUCAUUAAUUUAGAUACCCAAGUUCCUUCCUAGACUGAAGAAGCAUACUUCUUCAUGUUGUAGGGAUUGAAAGCUUGUGGGUCGGAUGGCCUGAAUCAACAUCAAUUUCAAUUACAAUUUCAACUACGAAUCUCACAAAGUUUUUGGAUUGACAAAUUUCACAAUAUCAGUAGAGGACUACAACAAUAUGAUCAAAGUUCAAAUUGUGUGAAUCGUGCCUUACAACGGACAUGUAUAUUGUUUUCUGUAUUACAAUUCCAAUACUAAAAGUUCCGUUGAAGAAACACAUGUACAUGGCAUUAUCAGUAUAAACCGGCAUGUAAGCGCACCGUACACCUCAAUUAAAGUACCCACCUCAUACUUAAAGAUCACAUGCCAGGAACAUUAGUGCGCUUCCACUAAACUUGUUGUAAGCUUUCUCCAUAUGAUAAUAGUUUUCAUUGUAUCAAGUAAACAGCACUCUCUAUGAAUAUAAGGAAGAGAUAAUUCAUGAAAUACACACAUUCCUUAAGUUCAAUAUUUUGACAACACUCAUUCCAUUGUCUUUCCUAUUGCGACUCAAAAACGUAAUAAUCAAGUUACAAGUACUACUGGUACUCUCAAGAACAAACGCAACAGAACCUAUGCAACAUGUAGUAGCACAAUUUUUGCGCGAGUAUUUAAAACACCGAAACGCUAAAAACUAAGUGCCUUUUCGGCGAAUUACUGUUUUCGCUUGAAGCAAGAUGCCGCUCUCUGUAACCAUCAUCCUGUGUCAAUGAGAACAUUAGAAUCUAAAAAGGCCAGUCGUCCUAAAAGUUUAAAACGUAAUCGUCGUUCUCUCAAAAAAAAUCCACAGACUCUCGAGAUUCCUGUUUUACGUAACAAAAUAGCUACUGAAAGCACGUCUCAGGAUGACUCUUCCCUCCAGGUUGUAGAUGGAAGUAUUUCAGACGCUGAACGAAGAAAAAAAGACGUUGCUGCGAGCUUCGUCACUAAAAACAAAGUGUCUGAUACAAAUGUUGUGUCCAGAUCACAGCGCGGUCGGGUACAGAAAUGUGAAUAUCAUUCUACGUCUUCUACGGAUCAGCAUCCUAUUGGUUCAUCAUCAACCGUGCAUGAGAAAUCCAUAUUCAAAGAACGAACGGACGAUACCGCUCAACCCAUAGCACUUGCUAAACAAGGUAAAGAUGGAAUCUCUAAUUCAGACAAUGAAGACGCAUACUCUCUUCAACAAGAGCUAGGAAAAGAAGAAAUCCACCAGACACAGGAUUCAGAAGAAAAAAUAAAAGGUAGAGAUGAUCAGAACACUGCUGUAUACAAUGACCACGGGCAUAACGAUGCAGUCUCCGUGAGUCGCACUACGGCUAUCUUGCCUCUACAAUCAACGGUUUCUUCUGACGAUGAUGUGCCCUUGGCCAGCUUAAUAGCACUUAAAAGGCAGAAGCGCAAGAAUUCUGCUCGGGACUCUUCAAUCAAGAAAAAGCCGGCUAGAACGCCGCAAAUGAAGGAAUUUCCUUACUAUGAGAGGGCGAUACGUCGUCUGGAAUUUCAACAUCCUGAACUUGCAACUUUAUGGGACCGUCUUGACGCUGAAACUACUGUUGAACUAGAAUGUGCCGAGCAACCUAAAAGUCUAAAACUUCAAUUAAUGCCAUUUCAACUGCAAGGCCUUAAUUGGUUAAAGCGACAGGAAAGCUCUUCUUAUCGUGGAGGUAUACUGGCUGACGAGAUGGGUAUGGGAAAAACUAUCCAGACUAUUGCCUUGCUACUGUCGGAACCUAGAGGAAAGCCAACCCUUAUUGUGGCUCCUGUUGUUGCAUUACUACAAUGGAAGUCAGAAAUUGAAUUGCAUUCUGACCACUCGCUUCAAGUGUAUACAUAUCAUGGCGCAUCCCGCACAGCCAAUGCUAAAGAAUUGUGUGAAUGUGAUGUGGUACUGACAAGCUACAACAUGGUGGAAACCGUGUAUCGUAAAGAGCAUAAGGGUUUCCGCUCCAAGUCUGGUGUUGUAAAAGAAAAAUCGGUGCUUCACUCAAUUAACUUUUAUCGAAUUGUAUUAGAUGAAGCACACAAAAUUAAAUCUCAUUCAAACACCACGACAGCCAUAUACGAGUUGCAGUCAGAUCGAAAACUAUGUUUGACUGGUACACCAUUACAAAACCGCAUUGGUGAAAUAUUUUCAUUACUUAAAUUCUUGAAGGCAGAUCCUUUUGUGUAUUGUUUCUGCGCGUGUUGCAGCUGCAAGACACUUACUAACCCGAGAACAUUGAUGUGCAACAGUUGUAAACACAGUUGCAAACAGCAUUCAUGCUUUUUCAAUGUGGCAUUGCUAAAACCCAUUAAUGAUUUUGGGAACGAUUGGCGAGGUCAAGCCGCGUUUGCGAAAGUGCAUAUAUUACUUCGACGAAUUAUGCUGCGACGAACCAAGUUGGAAAAUGCCGAUGAUAUAGGCCUUCCUCCUCGCGUUGUCAGAGUACGGCGAGACUUGUUUAGCAAGGAAGAGGAGGAUUUGUAUCAUUCAUUAUUUAUUGAAUCAAAACGCAAAUUCGAUACCUAUGUUGAAGAAGGCGUUGUUUUAAACAAUUACAUCAACAUUUUCCAAUUGAUUACGCGAAUGCGCCAGAUGGCUGAUCACCCUGAUCUCGUUUUAGCAAACAAGAAUAAGACGAUAGAUGUUAAAACACAGGACAAUUUUGUAUGUCGCAUUUGUGAUGAGGUUGCACAAGAUGCCAUACGAUCAAAAUGUAAACAUAUUUUCUGUCGGUUGUGUGUUUCAGAAUUUGUUAGCACGGCUGCGGCAGACAAUGCGCAGUGUCCAUCAUGCUUCCUUCCUUUAGACAUUGAUCUGGAUGCUCCUGCAUUAGAGGAAAUUGGCAAAGAGGAAGCAAGUAAAUACAAAACCUCGAUUCUUAAUCGCAUUGACAUGAACAAUUGGCGAUCAUCUACAAAAAUUGAGGCACUGGUGGAAGAAUUGUAUAUGUUGCGAAGAAAAGAUCGCACAACUAAGUCAAUUGUAUUCUCCCAAUUUGCAGCAAUGCUUGAUCUUGUCAGUUGGCGCUUACGUAAAGCAGGAUUCAAUUGUGUUAGACUUGAAGGCGGUAUGACACCCAAAGCGCGCGAUGCUACUAUUAAAGCGUUCUGUUCCGAUGUCAAUAUUACUGUCUUUUUGGUUUCGCUUAAGGCAGGUGGCAUUGCAUUGAAUUUGACUGAAGCAUCACAGGUGUUUAUGUUAGACCCUUGGUGGAAUGCAUCUACUCAAUUGCAAGCCAUGGAUCGUAUUCAUCGGAUCGGUCAGUGUCGUCCCAUUCGUAUUACGACACUGUGUAUUGAAAAUUCCAUUGAAAGUAAGAUCAUUCAACUUCAAGAGAAAAAGGAAAAGCUGGUUAAGGCAACCUUGGAUUGCAAUACGACGGCGUUUAAUCAAAUGACUGCCGAAGACAUACGGUUUCUUUUCACUUCUUGAGCUGAUGAUAAAUCUCUCGUCUAGCCCGCGGCUAGACUACAAUGGAUCGUUUUAUAACAACUUGUUUCUCUUAUUACUCUUUCUUUUUUUUUUCUUCUUAUUCUUUUUUGAAAUAGAUUCCAUAUUCUUCCUUUUCUUAAAUACUCCGCUGGACCCUGUAAUUGCUUUCAUUGUUUCAAGACGCCUACCAAUUCUUAUUAAACAUUAUUUUACAUUUUCAGUAAAUUUAUGAUUUUGCGACCUGUCUCUAACAGUUUACAGCGGAUUUCCAUUUUACCGGGUCUUUUUUCUUUAGCUAAUUGCAGUUAUAAUUAUCAUGGUAUAACUGACCCGCUCUUUUUAAUAAAUAGCCGAAAUCGACUUCUUCUCUAUAAUAUAUUUUAACAUAUUUAAAUAGCUAA